AAAUUUUACUUAUAUACUAUCACAAUUUUUAAACGUGACGUUGUUAUAGUCUGUUUAGACGAACAUUGAGCAUUGAGCAAGGAACAAUUUAGAAAAUUACUAAAUUACAAAUGGCUUCCGUUUUCAACUUUCGGCUGCCGUAUUUUAUUGUUGGCAUGGUUUUUUGAAAUAAGGUUCGUGGUCAAUUUUAAUCGUCAUGAAAUAAGAGAUCCAUUGCGGUAUUUCCAUGCACACAUUUUAAAAUAGCUGCGUAAUUAAUCGAGACGAACGUGUUCGAUCGAAUUUCUAGGUAUUUUAGUUGCCAAUAAACAUGGGCAUACAAGAUUUACAAAUAUUUUUAGAAAAUGAGGGUGUAGGAGUUGAUUUGUUUCGAAUUGCCCGGACACAACCAGGAGGCUUUAGACUUGUUCUUGAUGCUGAAGGAUGCCUAGACAGACUUUAUGGAGGAUAUUUUUCAGAUUGGGCAUGUGGCGGACAAUGGGCUCGUUGUGUUCAAUUCCUUACAACACUAGCACAAGCUUUAGCUGAACAUCAAGUGGCAUUGUGUGUUUGUUUCAACGGAGCUCAUCCCACCCCUCCCGCUUUACCACAACACUGGAUCCAAACACAAUCUACCUAUAGACAGCGAGUUAAUUCGGUAUUACGCCAUAUUGCUACAAAAGGUACUCCACCUCCAAAAGUAUGGUGGGUUCCACCGACAGGACUCCAUUCAUGCCUAAGAACAGCUUUGCGAUAUCUCAAUAUACCAAUUAUGGUAUCAACAGAUGAUCAUUGUCAGGAAGUCGUUGGUUUGUGUCGUGAAAAGACCUAUGCUGGCCUUGUAGGCUGUUCAGGGGAAUACCUAGUAUUCCAACCGCCGAGAUAUUUCAGUUCAUCGCAACUGAAACUUACAUAUAGAUCCUCACUGGAAACCAAAGAGUACAUGGUACAUGAAUUACCUAAGCUUCUAGAUGUUCCCCAAGAUCGUCUCUGUUUAAUGGCUGCAUUAUUAGGAGGUGUAAUUCUAUCUGAGCAGAGUCUCACUGAUUUUUAUAAACGUCUAGGGAUUGCACAGAAAAAGCAACAAAUUCCACCAGAAACUUUAAUCAAGACAGUGAGCCAAUUUGUACAUGACUUACCAUCGUCUGAUAUUGAUGCUGCCUGUAUUGAAAUAUUUGGUGACCUUAAUGAUCUCCGUGCUGCCAAAUUAAAACAAGCUGUACAAUAUUACCUUAAUGGCACCAAAGAUGGCUUCCUUAAAUACAGGACUGCUUCUGGUCGUCGCCCAAAAAACAGCAAAAAAAAUCAAAAAUCAGAUUUAAGCCCAUUGUCAACUUCAACGGAUAUGGACACUUCUAAACUAGCAACCGAAUCUUCGGAGCACGAGCAAAAAGGCUUGGAAGAUUACAAAUUGGCUACAGCAAACGCAUCGAUUAACGCGGACUUUAGUAUGGAAGAUCACUGUCACGAGCUAGUUCAGGGCGUAGCGGCCGCGUCCCUGGAGGGCGGCGACGCGACUAACGUGGCCGCCAAACAGGAAAAGUCAGAAAAACACGCUAAAGAGGCUCCGUCAACGUCUGGCAGCAGUAGACACAGUGAUGACAACUGUCCGCCCGCACCCGCUGAAGUACUAAGGACUUGCGCCGAGCGACACACGCGUGGCCUCAUGCACCCUCAAAUGCUGUCAAUACUGACACACAGACAGAUCACUCUGCCCGUACUCAUGGAAGAUGAUAACCACAGAGAGAUACCAUCCAUACAUCACUUCUUCAGACCCAUCCGCCAGAACGUUUACGCCAUUCUGUACAACAUGCACCAUCACCGCUUCAUGGCUCAGAAAGCAAAAGACGAAGGUAUGGCGAGUACAUCGAGUGUCAAUGAUCGACCGUGCACAGUGCAAGUGGCUGAAUGGAUUUAUUCACGUGUAAAUCCCGGAAAAAGUCCCGAAAUAGUUCACGGGGUCGUACUCGACUGGCCUGUUCCUACCGUGCAGAGGCUUUGGUUCGGAACGGCUCAAGACGACAAGUGUCGCCGAAUGCGGGCGUUCCUGUCCUGUAUGCGAUCGGAUACACCACUCAUGCUUAACACAUCAUACGUGCCACAACAUUUACUUAUUUUGGCCGCAGUUUUGAGGUUCAUUAUGACAUCUCAAAUACAAAUCCUACGUCGGCAAGAGCUGGAUGCGUUUUUGGCAACAGCUUUCUCCAAUGAUCUCAUGAAUGCUUUGCAUCUUCAAGAAAUGACGUGGUUGCAGGUGAACGGUAUGAGUUCUCGAGGUGUACAGCUGGGUGCUUUAGUGAUGGCCGGUGCUGAGGCUGCUCUGCUGGCGAACGACGCGUGCGGCGCGCCCGUGCCCUGGCUGGUCGCCGCUCCCUGGCUGUACUUCGACGGCAAACUACUACAGCGCAACCUGCACAGAGCCGCUCAUUGCAAACAUCUGGCGCAGCUGUGCGAUAACCAUCUAGAUACCGUUGUCAAGGUUGAGCGCAUGCGUAAAGCAAUUUUGGAAGGCUUGGAGGUGGAAUUCGCGAUGCCACCGUUGCCGCUCGUCGGAGUGGUGGGCGAGCCACUGUCGUGGCGUGGGCGAGGCCGCGGCGCUAGACUGGAGAUAGCCGGCGUCGUGGUCGGCCAGUGGGGUGGUGGGUCAUACCCCACACACCCACGAACAUCCAGAUACCCUCAGCAAGUAAGCUACGUGGGUUAUACUCCGCCGACUCGUAACGCGUACGGCGGCCGCGGGUGGCGCGGCGGUCGAGGGCGAGCACGCGGUCGAGGUGUCGCACGAGGAACGACGCGGGCCAGGAGGAGCCGCUCCGAACACGAACCCGCUAAACCCACAACGCUCACUAUUAACGGUAAAACCGUAAGGCCCGACGAAAUGAGCCCCACAGCGGACAACGGUAGUCCCCACGAAGAUAACUCCCAGCCAGACGAUGACGGUGAAGGAACACAACCACAGAAAACAAAGACUGGAAAAAAUAUUAAGAAGAAUAUAGCUAGAGGAAAAAAAAAGAACUACAGUCAGAAGAGUGACGUGGCUCAGACAUUAGACAACGGACCCUUAGAUACGAGCCAGGUGGAGGAAUUUAAUCAUAACUCUGAACAAGAACACUUCGGCCAAGGUGAUGCACCAGUUAGUAACUAGUUUGUUUUAUGAUAAGGUAAAUUAACGAUUAACUUUGAGUUGUAGUAGUCAUUACUUGUUUUAUUGGUUUCGUUUGAUUUGUUUGUAAUUUUUUAUUUGUUAUUUCGAGGAAAGCUCCUAGACCUACGAUACAUAUGUCGAGAUGCUAGUGCCGUUAUUAUUUGUAUUUUAUUUAUUAUAUAUAUAUGUGUUAUAUUCACUAGUCGUUUCGACAUUCGAACAUAAACAAACAAAAGUAUGUAAUGGGAAUUAAAUUUCGUUUAGCACGUGAUAUUCCGAGCUUGCACAUUUGAUACGGAAGAACAUUAAAAUUUAUGAGAUUCGGGCGGUUGAUUCCCAUCGACCGACAUGUAUACGUGCCUCAAGAUCUAAGACUUCCCAAUGUUGAGACUGAUUUUGUAUUAAUGUAAUUGUCACAACGCGUGUACAAUCAACUAUUGGUAUACAAGACGAGGUUCAAACCUAUUUGAAGCAAUAUCUUCAAUCCCUGUUAAGACGUCGUCCCUCUGAACGUUCUGAUAUCCGAUACAAGUAUGUUAAUGUUUUAGUUAAUUGAAUAUUUUUGUUUAUGUAUCGGGACAACAAAACGUCCAGAGUGGGACAUGAACUACAUGUUGUAGUGGGAUGCAUCUUUUUACAGAUGUAUCUCGUAACAGCUAUUAUUUGACAAGUGAUAUUUAGAAAAUAUAUAUAAAGAGGAACAUGUCGUUUGUUAAGUCACGUGUCAUUGAUAUGGAGGUGACUUAGUAGGUGACAUGUUUAGUGUAGCAUAUGAAGUACUGAGUCUGCGUUAUUUAUUUACACAUAGUAUAUUUACAAUUUACCAAAUUAUUAAUUUUAUUUUCUGCGUUUGGUUUGGUCUGUGCGAUCGCUUAUUGAUUUGAAAAAAAAAAACUAUUUUAUGAGUUGUGAUAUUUUUGUCUCGAUUGUCACUAUUUUGGCAGGAAUUUUUUCGAUCUCAUAGACUAAACCGACCAUAUUCAGACUUGUUUUUAGGAUUUCUUGUUGUAUAUUUAGGCUUUAUUGAAUGAGUGAGAGAGUGUUUUUGUUAUUAUCAUCCGACCGUCUAAUACACUGCUGUCUGGUGAGACACGGGUCUAAGUCGUACUUACGUUUGGGCAAUACAUUAAAUGUGUGAGGGACAAAGUCUCGAUAUCAAUUCAUGAACAUAACAUGUUCGUCGUCCGAGCGUAAGGCAUACUGGAUACGACACCUCGUUGGGAACAUCUCUGAUUGUUUAGAAUCUCAUUGAGCAGUGAAAUUAUAGCGUCGGUUGUUUGAUGCGGUAGCGAGGAAGUGGAUGAUAAGAUUAGUAUAGAAAUUGCAUUUAUGGAAUGUUGGUGGUGCUUUCAAAUUUAGUCUGUGGGACUGCCUGAAACGAGUCUGAAACUCAUAGAGUUAAGUCUAAUUAUAGACGAACUAUGAAAAUGAACGAACAUUCGAAUGUUGAGAUUUCCACAUCCUAUAGGGUAUUAUUUGGAUAGAAUAUCGUAGACAUGUUAGUGAUAUAUUUAUAUGCAUUUUAGGAAACUCAAAAUGUCGAAUGUUCUUCAGUUUAUAUGUAUUUUUGUAAAUUUGUUAUAUUGUUAUACUUAAAAUUAGCUGGAAUGACUAACAACAAAUAAUAUAAAGACAAACACGAUGUAACCUAACGGUGGUGCGACAUCGGACCAUCAGCAUAAUACAAGUUACAUUCCAUUUGAUAAAGAGGAUGAGUCGCUGUAGACGCGAGCGGUCGACGUCAGUAGAGAAUGGAACAUAAUGAAGACUUUACAAUUUGCUUAAAACCCGGCCGGGACUAAAUAUGUUGCCACAAUAACGUGAUAAUUGAUUUAACGACAACGUGAUCAGGUUAGUGAAUGACAUUCGUCGCAAAUGAUCGCCAAACAAAGUUAAUAAAAUGUUUGACUCGAGUCGAGGGCCGUACGGCCGUACUGCUAUAGCUGUGUAGCGCAUAGGAAGUCGCGGCGCGACCCGACACAUGUAAACGUAUAUUAUUGCUUGCUUAUUAAUAAACACGAUGUGUAGCAUUUAGAAUUUUAACUCCAAUGUAUUAUGAUUUGUUUAAGAAUUAUGUGUAACUACAUUAAACGCAUGUUAGAGGUUUGUUUAUAUUUCGUGGGAGGUCAAGAUUUUUAUAAUAACCGGUCUGUACUCAGAGGCAUUGUCUACUUUUAACUGUUCUUUGAUAUUUAUUAAAUAUAAACGGAUGCCUUUUACGUUAACGUACCGUAUUUGUGCUGCUUGAAUAUAUAUACUUUGUCACAUAUUUUAAAGUUAAUGUUAGUGGUGAAUCCGAGAAGGAUGUAGUUUUUAUUUUUUCUCUUAAAACGUUUAUUCAGUAUAGUUUUAGAAUAUUCAACAGUGUAAAACCUUUAAUCCAUUUUAUAACUUGUUUGCUGACAAUGCUCUUUUAAAUAUUGUCAACGUAUAAUAAAUAUAUUAGAAAAUAUUUGUCAUGUAAUACAUAACACUUUUCGUAAUUGAAGUAGCAACAUGGAACUGUGGCUUUUUUGAAAACACUUAUAACUUAACUACAUAAACCCUGCUGUAUGUGAAAAUAUAUAAAAUGUUCAAAUACUAUUUUAGUUACUUGGACACAAAAAAAAAAAAACAAUUAAUAAAUAAAAUUGUAAAGAGUUGUAUUUGUCUUCAAAUAAAACGUUCCAUUAUUAAA